UUAAAUAAUCCGCUCAUGAAUAAUCAAUUUCCAAACCAGCAAACGCAAGAACAAAUUAAUCCGCAAAAGAUGACUACUGGACAAAAGAUACCGCAAAUGAGUGGCACCAUGGGAGAAAUUCAGCAAGGUAUUCAGACUAUGCAAAUGACUUUGGGACAAAUUAUCCAGCAACAGCAAAAUUUAGACCAACGAUUAAGCAAUUUAGAAAAUAGUGCUAGUUCUCAGUUCACUAAUUUAAUUCAGCAAAAAAUCAAACCAAUUAACAUGUCCUUCUUCCCUGAUAUCACGCCCUUAAUUAAGGAAAUCAAUGAAUUUAAAACUAACCAACAAAAAAAUCAAGCCCAAAUCAUCGCCCUGUUAGAGGAAAUACGAAGUAUUCUUUUAGCCUUGCAAAAAAACGAAACUAAAAGUCGCAAACGAAUCGAAAGCAUUGACACAGCCCAAUUGGAAUACACCUUUACUACCUCCUUAACUUAUGGAACCAUUAUUUUCGCGGUAGUCUUAGCUACCGGUAAAGUAGCCAUGUUCACAAUUGGACUAAUGGUCGGAAUAUUCCUUUACAAAGCCGGAGUAUUACAAAAACCCUUAACUUCUAAUGCUGAGAAUUCAGGAGAAGAAAGUUCGGAAACUCAGCCCAAUUCAUCUGAUAAUAUCGCUAAAUUUCAGCAACGACAAGCACAAUUAAUAACUCCUAGUUUAACCAAAACUGUCCAACAAUUAAGCACUAGUUUACAAAGCAUUCAACCUUCGGAUAAUCAGAAUGUCCGCUUAAUUACUUAUGCUUUGAUAGCUACAGCUAUCACGGGAAUCUUU